UGUAUGUAUGAUGGUGUGCAGGGGUGGCGGCGGAUCUGGUGGCGGCGCGGUGUACGGCCGGUGCGCGUACCCCGCGGGAUCACCUUACUUUGGCAACGGGACCGAGCUGGCCGCUCAGCCGCAGAUAUGGAGCUCCAGCGCAGGCGGAUCCCCCACGUACGGCGGCGCGGUUUUACCGGAGGAGUACGCGGAAGCGGGCGGCGCGGACGGGGGCGCGUGCGCGGGGUCCCCGGGCCCCGCGGGCCCCAACGCGGCGGGCCCCCCGGGCCCCGCGGGCCCCGCGGGCGGCUCGCUGCCGGCGUUCAGCGCGCGCUUCGGCGGCGCCUUCGCCUGCGCCACCUCCCGGCCCUCCACCGUGUACGGAACACCUGCGUUAGCAGCCAACGCCUACGCACAGGACGUGUGGGGUAUGGACAACGGCCGCCGACCACAACUGUCCGCCGCCGCAAGCCUCUCAGCAAUCGAGAUGGCGGAGUUUUUCACGGAGGGCCGCGAGUGCGUGAACUGCGGCGCCAUCCACACGCCGCUGUGGCGCCGCGACGGCACGGGCCACUACCUGUGCAACGCGUGCGGCCUCUACAACAAGAUGAACGGCAUGAACCGCCCGCUGAAGCAGCCGCGGCGGCUGGUACGUCAGCGGCUCGCCGCGCACGCGCUGGCCGCGCCCGCCCACGACAUGGGCGCCAAGCGGCCGGGCAUGUCGUGCAGCAACUGUCACACGACCACCACCUCUCUGUGGCGACGCAACGCGCACGGGGAGACCGUGUGCAACGCCUGCGGUCUCUACUACAAGCUGCACAGCAUCAACAGGCCCAUGGCCAUGAAGAAGGACUCCAUACAGACGCGGAAACGAAAACCUAAGAACACAAUGAAAUCCGAGAGGAAUUCCAAAAAUGCUGCGCUCCUUGCACGUAAAAUGGAUAACUUAGUGGACGUGCACCACGUGGGCGCGGGCGUGGAGGCGGGCGGGGGCGGGGGCGGGGGCGGGGGCCCGCGGUCGCCGCUGGCCAUGAACUACUACGUGCAGCACACGCUCAAGCUGGAGGAGCCGCCGCCCGCGCACGCGCACCACGCGCUCUACGACGACGACUACCGCCGCGCCGACGACCGCGCCGACCGACCCACCGUCGUCUCGCUCGGCAGUUGAGUGCGCCGCCCUCUCCCCGGCCGGCCGAGUUCGCCUCGCUCUCGGGCGGACGAGUUCGUCUCGCUCUCGUUCCCGGGCGGGCGAGUUCGUCUCGCUCUCGUUCCCGGGCGGGCGAGUUCGUCUCGCUCUCGUUCCCGGGCGGGCGAGUUCGCGUCGCUCUCGUCACCGGGUAGGCGAGUUCGUCCCGGGCGGGCGAGUGCGUCCCCGCCUCGCGACAGAAUCUCACUCGGUUAAGUCUAGUUUAAUGAAGUUCCGACGGGCGUCGUUGCUAGUUGACCAAAUGGCGGGCGGCGGGCGGCGGGCGGCGCCGUGUACAUAGUAGUAGCUCCCGCGCUCGCCGCGCCCCGCACACACUUACGAGUCGUACCGGCGAGUUUAUUUAUCGUAAUGUAGAGUAUAAUAUUUUGUGUGUCUUACACGGUAGAUCUGUUGAAUUCGCGCUUUACUUUUAGAGUGUACGCCCCGUGGAGGCGCACGUGAUGUUCGAUGUUAAUGUGGACCACUGAGCGAAGUACAGUCGUGCCGUAGCUGUUACCAAAUGUUUUAUUUCUCGAUUAACUAUAAGACUGUACCGUACCAUUCCUGUCGUGUUGCAUUCCUAGCGUAUUGUAUAUUGUCUAACGACGUAGGUAUAGUUUUGCCUAGCUCGUACGAUCCGCCGAGGAGUCUCUUUUGUGUUCUGUAAAGCUAACAGCGAACUGAUUAUAUUGAUACCUAGAUGUAUUGAAACAUGUAAUUUAACUCCAUGACUUGAAAGUACAUUCCACGAAUUGUAAGAAGAAUUUAGUAGAUGUAGCAAUUUGUGCUAUUUUUUUUACGUGAAAAUUAAGUCAUUUUGUAGACGUGCGCCGGUUUCGAAGUGCCGUUCUCUAAAUUGUCUCUAAAAUUAACCAAUUUAAGAGAGCCUGAAAGGAUCUCUCUCCACAUGUUAUUGAAUGUCACGUCUCUAUCUCUAAUCACUCAUUUUAGAGAUAGAAAUAGAGAAUGACGUUUCAAAACCGACGACUAUUUCUAGGAUAAAAUUGAAAGCUCCAUGUGACAUGCGUAGUGGUUAAUUGUAUUGUAAUAUAAAUUAAAUGGCAAUAUUUUGUUAAAUAUAAAGUUGUAUUGCACGUGUGCGUUCUGUUCUUAUAACUCUACAAACUAGGUGCAUUUAAUAAACUUGCCAAAUAUUAGGAAUAUGUUUUUACAAGUAAGUAUAUAUAUAUAUAUAUA